AUGGCGGAUAAUCAGGACAACGAUCACAACUCUGGUUUGGUGGACAGAACGCCAAAUAAGAACACGGACGCCACAUCUAAGAACACACAUUAUCUCAGAAAUUUUAGAAGUCGGAUGUAUCUCACGGAUGCCUCAGAGGCAAUCCGUUGCAAAGCUUUUCCGACUACCCUGACAAAAAGAGCAAUAAAGUGGUUUGACAGUUUGCCUCUAAGAUCAAUCACAAGUUUUGACGACCUAGCCAAAAAGUUCCUCGCCAGGUUUUUCAUCCAAAAGGAUAAAGCCAAGCACACUCCAAGCUUGCUGAGAAUUAAACAAGGAGAUCGGAAAAGCCUUCACAGCUACAUGGAAAGAUUCAACAAAGCAUGCCUUGACAUACAAAGUCUUCCAACAAAAGCGGCCAACAUGGGGCUCAUCAACGGCUUAAGAGAAGGACCUCUUAGCCACUCAAUAUCCAAGAAGCAUCCAACAUCUCUGAACGAGGUUCAAGAAAGGGCGGAAAAGUAUAUCAAUACGGAGAAGAACUCCUGA